UGUUCACCUGGAAAGCCUUUGAACGGAAACCUUAGUAGAGAAGUAUUCACUCUCCCCUCUUGCUCUCUCCCCUCAUCGCGCGGAUGAAAUACGUCUACGCGCGAUUGCUGUCCACAUCCCUUUAUAUAACCAAUUUCAAAGUACUUCAUCAAGUGUUUUCUCUAGUAACCAAAAGCCUUCUCAUCAAGUGAGCAAUGGUGGAUCUUGAUGCUUCGAAGACUGGUGAUAGCAUCCCCCAGGAAGGAGGCAGGGGGAUAUUGGAUGAAAACCCCAUGAACCUGCUGCAAGGUGGAGAAAGGACUGUUGCUGGAGUUUCACCUGAGCAGAAAGUGAAAAAGAGAAAAACGAGCAAGUGUGGGAAACGUGUGAAGAAGAGGAAAUCAAAAGGGAUGGUGCAUUUGCUACGUGCUAUUGCUGAAGAAAAUGAGACGAUCAAGAGUGGAAAUGACAUCUUAAAGCAGAAGUUGCAACUUAGGCAGGAUGGCAUCGAAAUUCAGAAAACUGAACUUUGCGUUUCGCUGAACAAAACAAUCACCGUUCAAGAAAACCUUGUGGAGGCAUUGUGUCAAGAGCCAUCAGUCCAGAGCCUUAUGAUCUUUAGUGGGGGGGCUUCCGACCAUUUUCUAUUAAGGGGAUUGACUUGGUCUCUCUAGGUAAUAUCCUCACAAUCUCCAAGGGGUGGGUAUGAGAUCUUCUUGUUACAAUGACACAUUCUUCAGGUGAUGUCUAAGGACACCAAUUCAUCAGGGGUUGAUCUCAGAUCCUCUAUUCUCUAGUGUAGUUUCAGAUUGACACAUUCUCAAAGUAAUGCCUAAAGGUCUCUCACCAAUUCUUCAGAGGUUAAUCUCGGAUCCCUCAUUCUCCUGUGUAGUUUUGAACUGACAUAUUUUUUAGGUGAUGUCUAAGGACCUCUCACUAAUUUGUCAGGUGUUAAUCUCGGACUCCUCAAUCUCCAAUAUAGUUUCAAACUAACACGAUUCUUCAAUGAAAGGGUCCUAUGCUUUAUAUUAUCUUUAGAGAUGAUCUUGAACCUCAUAUUCUUAGGCACAACCUCUCAUGCCCUAUUAUAUUUGAUCAUUGUGCUUUUAAAUUCUUUAAUUAAAACCUUGUAUUUUUUUUUUCUUGUAUUGAUUAAGUACUUCUGCUUUUCA